GGCCGGGCCGGGCCGCGCCGGGCAGGCGGAGGGGGAGGCGGUGCGGGGGUGCUCCGAGCCGCGGAGCCAUGCCGUUCGUGGAGCUGGAAACCAACCUGCCGGCCGGGCGGCUGCCGUCGGGGCUGGCCCAGGAGCUGUGCGCCGCCGCCGCCGACAUCUUGGGCAAACCGGCGGAGAGGGUGAACGUGACGGUGCGGAGCGGGCUGCCCAUGGUGGUGUCGGGCUCGGCCGAGCCCUGCGCCCAGCUGCUCGUCUCCUCCAUCGGCGUGGUGGGCUCGGCGGAGCAGAACCAGCGGCACAGCGCCCGCUUCUUCGACUUCCUCACGGCCCAGCUGGGCCUCGGCACCGAGCGGAUUGUCAUCCGCUUUUACCCACUGGAGCCCUGGCAGAUUGGCAAGAACAGAACAGUCAUGACGUUCCUGUGAUCCCUCAAGCAGCCGGUUGGAACAAAGCAAUGAUGAAGACAACCCAGAGAUGACCAGCUCCAUCUACUUGUUUCCUCUUAUGAUCAAAUCUGUGUAGCUCUGCACCUUCACUUGUAUGAUUCACUUUUGUCUUUGCAUCCUGUGCGUACAAUGCUCAAGAGUGGGGCAAUCAUCUGUACCUGCACUGAUUUUACUAAAACAGUUCAGUAUCUUUGUCUCAAGCCUGUCUUGUAGCCCGUAGGCUCUCCCGGUGCCUGUGGCUAAGCCACUGCAGUCUAGUGAUGGCCAUAUGUGAGCCUAGAAAAAUCUCUUUUGUAGCAGCAAAAAAUUUAAUGCCAGAAUACAUUUGGCUUUAUUGAGCAACAGCGAAGUUCUUGGGUUCAUCCAGAUUUCCUCAUACUUUGCAAGGCAGAAAGAUCCUUCCUUCUGUUUCCCUGUGGCAGCAGAAGGGCCCCAGCCUGGCUAAGAAGAACUGGGAGUAAAAUUCUUCUCUUUUCAAACUCCCCAAAAGCCUUUUCUGGAAAGAGAGGUGAUUAUUGGGAGGGGAGUGUAUGCUUUUAUAUCAUAGUUUAUUUAAGGGUCAUGUCAGAUUUUGUGCUCUGUGCUCUACCAUUGCUACCCUUGGUGGCUGCUCCUGCAAAGUGUUAUUUGUCCACAAGCAAGAUCUUCACGGCUGAAUGUUUCUGUGCAGAUGACAGCGUGUAGAGGAGGGAGUCGCUUGUGAAGAAUUGUACUGUGCCACAGGAAAAUAUUUUGAAGGUUCUGCCACUACCAGCUUUAAUUCUUGUCAUUCACUCAGUUGUUCAAAAUACCUUUACUCCCCCUGCUGUUACAGGGAGUUUUGGGGUGAUACAGCAUCUCACUGUGUGCUGUGGAUGGUGUUUUCUGCUCACUGUCCCAGCAGGGAAGUGUUUUAUUUUUUUAGGCCCCAUAUGCUCCCUCACUUUAUAACUGGAAUACACAUGGCAUUUUAUUAGAACUGACGCAUGGUACUUUUUAUGUAUAAUGUUAUCUUUGCCUUCCACUGAUAAUGAAAACAUUUAUCAGUUUCCUUUCCACUUUGUGACUUGGUCAGGUCGCAGAUGGAGCUCAGAGGAUCUGCGAGCAUGCCCUUGGGACAUGGAGGUCCAUGGGAAUGCAAGGCUGAAGGAUGCUUCUGCACUCCUCUGUCAUUCUGAGUUUUUGUCACUGGAGUUUAUUUAUGACUUGAGGUCUCAAGAUAGUUGAAAAUAUUCCUUCUACUUAGCAUUUGAAGUUAGUUGUUCCCGAUGCGUAAUAAACAUCAUCUGUGUUUGCAGACUCUGUCAGGACUAUAAUACCAAACACAAAUUUGUGUAUCAGGCUAGGGAUGCUACACAUUAUCUGAUUAAUAAAAUUUAUUAAAGCCUC